UGAAGAUUCAUUCACGACACUGUGAGCCAAAGAUUUGAUUAUUGCAAUGGCAAGAGUGGAUUCAGACUACUCAGAUGAGGAGAGCGAAGAAAGCUCCGACAAAGUAAAGAAAAAGAAGAAGAAGGAGAAGAAGGAGAAGAAAGGCAAAAAAAACAGCAAGAAAGAAAAGAAGGCUAAAAAAGAAAAGAAGGAAAAGAAGAAGGCGAAAAAGAAAAAGAAGGAGAAGAAGAGAAGAAAGAGUCCAAGCUAUUCUGACUACAGUUAUAGCUGUGGUGACAGCAGAGACUCUAGAAGCUGCAGCCGCAGCCGUAGUCGAAGCCGUAGCCGUGGUCGACAGCCAGCAGCACGAUCCCCUGCCAGGUACACUGCAGCUGGGGGUGGUGGUGGCUACGGUAACUUUGGUGGAGCACAGGGCAGAUAUGGGUGCGCACGCAGCCGGAGCAGGAGUCCUGCGUGGGCGGUCCCUGCUCCCAGGUCACCAAUGAAGUUUCCAGAGGGUCGGCCCUUAACCCUGGCGGAGGCCUGUGAGGCUGCUGGCAGAGGGUUCACCACUGGUAAAACUGCUCAAGAUGAUGAAGUGCAGGUUCUCAACCCAGAUGAGGAGCCUAUCGAAGCAGACAGGUAUGCCACGUUUGAAGAUGCUCGUGAUUUUCCUCGUGAAAUCCGAGAAGAGCUCAAGAACGCUGGCUUUCCUUCACCUUCGCAGAUCCAGGCCUACACCUGGCCCUUGGGCUUGCGGGGUAAGGACAUCAUAGGCAUAGCCGCCACUGGCAGUGGAAAGACUCUAGCAUUUCUCUUGCCAGCUUUUGCACAGAUGGUAGAGGAGAACCACCGCCCUGAACGAGAUGGUCCUGGUGCGCUUGUGAUGUCUCCAACGCGAGAGCUUGCACAGCAGACGGAGGCAGAGGCACAGCGGUUCGGAAAGUGCCUUGGUUUCCGCUGUGUUGCCAUGUAUGGUGGUGCACCGAAAGGUGAACAAAUGGCUAGAUAUCGUCAAGGUUGCCAUACCAUUGUGGCCUGCCCCGGUCGGCUCAAUGAUUUCCUUGAAGGUGGGCAGGUUCGAUUGGAUGGCGUGUUGAAGCUCGUCCUGGAUGAGGCUGACCGGAUGCUGGAUAUGGGAUUUGAGCCACAAAUCCGCAAGAUCCUUGCCAAGCUCCCACGCAAGCGCCACACGCUCUUCUUCACUGCAACAUGGCCAAAGGAGGUGCGGAAGUUGGCAUCAGAGAUUUUGAACAGGCCGUACAAAGUCAUGAUUGGAAACCGAGAAGUCUUGAAAGGCAACCAGGACAUCACCCAGAUUGUGAGAGUCAUGGAUGCCUUCAAUAAGAACCGGGAGAUCGUCACGACUUUGCGGGAGGCGGGCCUGACCACUCCAAGUGCAAGCGGCAAGGCGCUCGUCUUCUGCAAUACCAAGAGGAUGUGUGAGAACUUGUCGAACGAGUUGCACCGGCAGGGUCUACCUUGCACGUCUAUUCAUGGCGACAAGGACCUGCAGUUUGGUCACGACAUUGGAGUGCAUCCGCAUUUGAGAGCCUGCAAGUUUCUUUUUUGAUGUGUGUUUGUGUGUGUGUGUGUCACCACCUGUUUCUAAGGAAUUUAAUUGUACAGUGCAGGGGGCCAGCGGCCGACAAGCAAACGCUGGCUAACAAAGCUAUGUUUUUUUCGGUGGAUGCACUAAUGCGCUUGUUCCAACAAUUCUUUUCUCCGACCCAGCCCUUUUGCCGUUCCAUCAAGUCAAGUGCUAAGUAUUCACCUAAAGGGCUAACGCACUGGGAGAUCAUAACUGCUACCGCUCUUGCAAGCCUUGAUCUAAGCGUGUUUCGCCACAGAGUCCCACUGUGGGCUGCGGUGUAAUCCCCGACGAGGGGCGCCGCAUGUGCACAUGCCCGUAAGUCUUGCACCUGAUCCUUCCACGAUCCACGGUCUUGCACGAGAACGCCGAUCCUACGCCGCAGAGCUUACUGAGAUCGGACAACAAAGAAUGACAUACAUUUUCAUGCGGC